AUGUUUCCCAAGACGAGUAUUCGGACUCUCGUGAUUUUCCAAGGGAUCGUGCAAUGUUUCGCGUUGGGAAGUUUUCCCACUCCGUUCGGCGUCGACAUCGUCCCCCACAGCGGCCACAUUUGCGCACUCGGCGAUGUGAAUGGUGAUCGAAACACGGAUUUGCUCAUCUUCCGCGAAUCAAUCGAUGAGGCAAAGAAGGGAACGAUGGAGUUGGCUUGGGUGACACAAGAUGAAAAAGGAUCUUUCUGGAACCACACGAGCACGAUUCCGCUCACUAAAUACGACAAAGGAAACCCUCCGAGAUGCGCGGUUGGUGAUUUUGAUGCUGAAAGCUCAUUGGAUUUGCUGAUCACCGAGAAAAAAGGCGAUGGAAGCUACCAAAUCGACAAGUUGAUGCUGUGGCAGUAUGAGAACGGAGAUUUCCUCUUCAGGGAAGCAAAUUUAUGCAGCUUUGCGACGACGACGUUUAUCGAGGAGCCGAAUUUCAUCGACAUCAAUGGUGAUGGGCAAGCAGAUAUUAUUGGUGUCACAAAGGACAUGAAGCUGUACUGCAAAUUGGGAACAUCUAUGCUUCACCCGGCAAAGGAGUGUCUACCCGAUUUAGAACCAUUCAGUUGCGACCAUCUUUUUGACAACUGGGAUCUAAAUUUUGCGGAUAAAAUGCCUUUCUUUGGUGCUCCAUGGAUGUUUGUGGAUAUCGACGGUGAUCUGUCAUCUGAAUUGAUUGUGCCUUCACUAUCGAAAAACGAUAAAAGCUUGGUGUUUGAUGUGUGGAGUCGCCCCAAAAUCCAUCCCGGUGAAGGAAAAGAAAAUUCACGCUGGGCGAUGAAUGAGUUUGUGCAGAUUCCAAGUUUGCCGUCAACGAGUCACCACGGUGCUCCUUUUGUUGCCGAUUUCAAUGGAAAUGGAAGAAUGGAAAUUGCCGUGCCCACAUGCAGUGAGGAGAGGUGCGAAACGGUGACGGCUUUAUCACUUUUGGAGAUUGUGGGUGAUUGCGUGGAUCAUUGUGUGAAGCCGGCUUGGGAACAGGCCUCGAUCGACAUAAGUGGAAUGAAAAUUGUCUUAUCGGAGGGCUCAAAAGUUUUGUUUCGAGUCGGUGAUUUCAAUCUCGAUGGAUUUCCCGAUCUCGUCGCUACCUUUAAAGAACCGAACGCCGAAAAGACUUUUACAAAAGUUGUUGUCAAUGACGAAUGCCCAGAUUGCCCGCAGAAUCGAACGCGGAAGUUCCAGUUCAAAAAGAUGAGCCUCGUUGAACCAUGGGAGGCAGCACUGGGAAGGGUGACGUUGAGCACUUUCUUUGAUUUGAAAGAAGAUGGAAAUCUGGAUAUUCUUGUGGAAUAUCACUACAGCAACAAGCGUCGAUUCAGCUUCAUUCCAUCAACCGAGAAGGAUGACACCACUUUCCUUAAAGUUCAAACUUACACAAACGUGUGUGAUGGGAAAGGAUGUCGAAAGGGUUCUUCACAAAAUGAUAUCGGAUCGGGCAUCACUUGGCCAGGCGUUUGUAUGCGAUUCGAGAUGACCGAUUCGUGGACAAACGGUAAAAAGGAGGGAAUCUCUUGCCAACUCCCAUCAACCACCCAUCGAUCGUUGUCCACUCCAUAUGCACUCUUUGGACUUGGUCGAAGUCCGAAUUUUGUCGACAAAAUCUACAUUGGCGCUCCGCGAUUUGUUGAUGGAAAAGGUCAAACAGGAUCGUUUCCACAAUUGGUGCCAAAUUCUCGAAUCAUCGUCAUUCCACCAAAAGGCGGUCUCGGAUCGUGGACCCAUCGAUUGUUCGUCACUCCAUCACAGUUGAUCAUUCAAUCGUUGAUUGUUUUGGCAUCGGUGUGCCUCUUAUUGUUGUUGGUGGUAAUCAUUUUGCACAUUCGCGAACGCAAAGAGGAUCGACUGGAACGAUUGGCGCAAUCGCAUCGUUUCCAUUUUGAUGCAAUG